AUGGUCUAUGUUAGUGUAUUGGAGCUCAGGGAUCUUCGGGGGGUGUGGCAUGUCUCUGGAACCCACGAAAGAUCCAACCUGUGUCCUGGAUUUCCUUUAAGUCCUCCUUAUCCCUGUUUAUUUCCUUACUUGCCAUGGAUUGUUGCUGGGGACUUUAAUGCUAUUCUUGAUCUAAUGGAAAAAAGAGGAGGUAAUACAAGACUGGAUCCUUCUUCUUUCUUGCUCCGAGAUAAUAUCUCAGCACUCAAUCUCAUGGAUAUUAAGUCUAGCAAUAGCCGCUUCACUUGGAAUAAUAGAAGGGAGGGUGACAGGUGCAUUGCUGAAUGCUUAGACUGCUUCAUGGUUUCCUAUUUUUGGGUGGGUGGAUUGUGGUCUUCCAGUUCUAAAAUUUUGGAUUGGAGAGGCUCAGAUCAUUGGCCAAUAAAGCUUGUCAUUUCUUCAACUCGUCUGCCUCAGAAGCCACCUUUUAAGUUCCUGCUUAUGUGGCUUCGUGACCCGGACCUCUAUGGUUGUGUUGCCGAAUGGUGGCAGGUUGGCAGGCCGGCUUUUGGUACAGCAAUGUAUGUUUUUGCUAAGCUUCUCCAGCAUGUUAAGUAUCAGCUCAAAUGGUGGAAUCGACAAUGCUUCGGUAACAUCUAUCAGGCAAAACAUGAAGCUCAGGUCGAGUUGAAUGGCAUUACCAGAUUGAUUAGGGAGGAGGGAGUGUCUGAAUACUUGUUACGGGAAGAGGCCAGAGCUUUAAAAGCUUUGGAGGAGUGGGAGUUGAGAGAGGAAAUCUUUUGGAAACAGAAAGCUCGGAUUGAGUGGCUUCAGGAGGGAGACAAGAACACUGCCUUCUUUUUCAAUUCAGUAAAAGCCAGACAACAUGGUAAUGCUAUCUCAUCUUUGGUGACUGAUAGGGGAGAGGUUAUUUCUUCUACUCAGGGUAUCGCUGAUGAAGCAGUGCAGUAUUUUGCUUCUUUAUUUAGAGAGGAAGCACAGGGAGACCCUGUUGCAGAGGCCCAGGUCCUUUCCUGUAUCCCUUCCUUGGUCUCUUUGGAAAUGAAACAACAUCUUAUGAGUGUCAUAACUUUGGAGGAGUUAGAAAAAAUUGUUUUCCAGAUGAAAAAAGGUAAGGCUCCUGGUCCAGACGGUUUCCCGAUUGAGUUCUUCCAGGAAUUUUGGGACAUUAUCAAGUUUGAUUUAUUGGCAGUUGUUCAAGAAUCCCAGACGAAUAAACAAAUGCUCCGGGCCAUGAACUCUACCUUCUUAGCACUCAUUCCCAAGGGGGAGGGGGCUGACCGGUUAAGUCAAUUUCGCCCUAUUUCUCUUUGCAACGUAACUUAUAAAAUUAUAUCUAAAUUGAUUGCUGAAAGGUUGAAAAAGUGGCUUACUAUGCUAAUCUCUGAAGAGCAAAGUGGCUUUGUGGAAGGUCGUCAGAUUUUGGAUGAGGUGGUGGUGGCUUCUGAGACUAUCCAUUCCAUGGCCGGCUCUAAAGCCAAAGCUAUGUUCAUCAAGCUGGAUAUGGCCAAGGCGUAUGACAGAGUUCGUUGGUCCUUCCUGCAGAAGGUUUUGAGUGCCUUUGGUUUUGAGGAGGAAUGGAUUUGUUGGGUUAUGAGUUGUGUGGGGUCAACUUCCUUCUCAGUUUUGAUUAAUGGGGAGCACUCCAACCUCUUUGGGGCUUCUCGGGGUUUGCGGCAGGGUGACCCUCUUUCUCCUUACUUGUUUCUUCUUCUGGUGGAAGGUUUGGGUCGGUUGAUUAAAAGGAAUGUUGAAGGAGGCUUUAUUCAGGGCUGGCAGUGGGGAGAGGGUAUUCUUGUUCAGUCUCACCUACAAUUUGUGGAUGAUACAACUUUGAUGGGUUUGGCUACUAUUAGGGAGGCUUCUAACAUGCGCAGAGUGUUGGAUGUCUACCUUGCUACUUCUGGUCAGUUAAUUAAUGAGGGCAAGUCUUCAAUUUUUUUCUUUAACACUCCGCCUUCAAUUCAACGAAGAAUUGCUCAUAUUCUCAGGUUCCAAAUUGGAAGUCUUCCUUUGCUAUACCUUGGGAUCCCCAUCUCUACUGGCAGGCAGUCUAGGGAUUCCUGGCAGGGUAUUCUGGAUAAGUUCAAUGUCAAAGUGAACCACUGGACUCAUCGUUGGUUGUCCUUUGCUGGUCGGGUCAAGUUACUUCAAUCUGUGUGGAGCCUUAUUAAGUGGGAGACGGUUUGUAGUCCUAAAAGAUUUGGUGGUCUUGGAUUACGUCAAUCUUUGCUUUCUGGUACUGCUCUGGUAGCUAAAUUGUAUUGGCGAUGGUGUGUGGAACAGGAUCGGGUGUGGGCUAGGAUCUUGUCUCACAAGUAUUUUUUUGGGAUCCCCCAGCGUGAUAUCCCUCGUUAUAGCUUGGCAGGGAAAGGCUCGACGAUUUGGAAUACUCUCAAGAAGGGGGCUGCGCUCAUUAAGGGUGGUCUCUUCUGGAUUUGUAAGAGUGGGACAGAGGCACAGUUCUGGCAUGACUCCUGGGAUGGCUACCCCCCCAUAGUUUCCCAAUAUCCUCACCUGAGUAUAUUGGCCCAGAGGUUUUGCGAAGCUGGGUGGACUAGGGUGUGUGACUUCAAGUCAUUUUCCCUUCAAGGGCAGGUUGUGGAAGCAAGAUGGAAGACUUCAAGGGAGUGGCCUAUUCUGGGGUUGGAAGUUGAGUGUGCUGAGCUUCAUAACAUCCUUUCGGGUCAUAGCUGUAGCGCCCUGAUGGAUAGUGAUGCGUUGGCCUGGUCCCCUAAUCCCAAAGGUACAUACACUGUGUCUUCUGGUUAUCAGGCGCUGCUCUCUCAACAAUUUGAUGGGGGGGAAGUCCAUUGGUGGAAGAGAGUCUGGAAUAAUUUCUCUUGGCCAAAAUGUAAUUGCUUUUCUUGGACUUUGGCUUGGAAUAGAUGCUUGACCUGGGACAAUAUUCAGAAGAGGGGUUUUGCUGGCCCUUCAAGGUGUGUUCUAUGUGGUGGGGAGGAGGAAGAUUCUCCACAUUUAUUCUUUUGCUGCCCAUUCACAUUGCAACUAUGGCACCUCUGGUGGGAUGCCUGGAAGAGUCAGUACUUUCAUGCAUCCUCCCUAGCUGAGUUUUGGAUGAGACUGGGAAGGCCCCCUUCCUCGGCUCCCUUCUUGCAGGAUGUCUGUUAUGCUGGCCCUAUCUUUUUGCUAUGGCAAGUUUGGUUGGAAAGGAAUCGUAGAAUCUUUCGGGGUGAACAAUUGGGGUUUCAACAGGUUUGGACUCGAAUUAUGGGAAUGGUCCAGGAAACUGUGACAGCUAAGAGUGAGAUUAUUUUGCCGAUGGAGGAAGGCGAUGCGGAGAUAGUUAAUAGGUUUGGUAUACAGGGGAUAUCUCCAGCCUCAGCUUGUGCCAGGAGAGGUAGACGUGUGAAACAUAGAGUUCAAAGGAUGGGGAAAUGGCUCCCCCCUCCUGCUGGCUUUCUGAAAAUUAACACGGAUGGUUCUUCUAGGGGUAAUCCUGGUCCAGCUGGAAUUGGUGGGAUUGGUAGGGAUUCUUCUGGAUCAGUGGUCUUUAUCUUCUCGGCUAAUGAGGGGGUGCAGACUGUUAAUAGGAUGGAAGGCUUGGCUAUCCUAUAUGCUUUGAAGCGUGCUUAUGCCCUAGGGUGGUGGAAGGUUAGCUCUGUAAUGGAUUCGGUGUCGUUUACCCAUAUUCCAAGGGAGUGGAAUAGCGCAGCUGAUUGUCUGGCUAAAUGGGCGUCAGAAGAUGUUGAUGGUCGGAGGAUUGACGAGUGGGAGCAAUUGCCCUAUGAGCUAUGUCGGGAUUUGGAGAGGAUUCUUGUUGAAGAUGAAAGUGGUGUUGGGGAAUGA